UUUUCCGUUGCACCAUCGCGUCGUGGCGGUGUGUUUUUGCUAAAAUCUAGUGAAAUUCUAUUGUUUUUAAUUGUUUUUGUGAUCAGAAAUAAAAAUGUCCGUGUGGCCAGAAGUAGCGACUGCUAAAAAUGAGAACAGACAUGAGAUAAAGCUGUCUGGCGCCGCUAUAUCUAAGCGUAUUUCAGAGACGGGUUUAGACAGGACUGUGUUCCAACUGUCUGGGUUAAACUUGUUAAAUAUCAGUGAAACAUGUUUAACAUCUAUCCCGGAUGAUAUCAAGCACCUGGUGAACCUGCAGUCUCUUUUAUUAUUCGGUAACAAGCUUGAAAGUUUCAAUGAAAACAUAACCUCACUGCCUAAGUUAAAGGUGCUGGAUUUGUCUCGGAAUCAGCUAACGAGCAUUCCGGAGAGCUUGAACAAGUUGAAAGAGUUGACUAGUAUAAAUUUCAGUUCGAAUCAGAUUGAAAGUAUGCCAAAAUUGGGUGAUCUACCAAACUUGAUCAUAGUUGAUGUAUCAAAUAAUAAAUUGAGUUCGUUUAUUGAUGUGGAGAAUGCCAAUCUGCCUCACCUUACCGAUAUGAAGCUGAAAGGAAAUGCUAUAGAGUCUAUCCCGAGCUGCAUUGUGAAGAGCUUGCCCUCAUUAAAGAACUUUGAUAUGGGUGAUAACCAGUUGAAAACAGUGCCAGGAGAGCUAGCCAGCAUGGGUAAAUUGAAAGAACUCAACCUAAAAGGCAACAAGCUAGCUGAUAAACGUCUAAUGAAGCUCGUAGACCAAUGCCGAACCAAACAGGUGGUUGACUACAUCCGUGAACACUGCCCGAAGGCCGACCAAUCACAGCAGCCCACCGGUAAAGGCAAAGGCAAGAAAGGAAAGAAGCAAGAAGAACCGGAAUCUGAAGAAGUCUGCGAUCUGUGCCAUUCAAUGAGAAUCUUACACGUUGAAGAUAAUGUGAUCAGAGUGAAAAUUGAUGAAAGUCAAGUUGGUUCUGUCCGUCCGUUUAUACUCUGUUGUAUCAUAAAUGAGUUGAAGUUUACCGAAGCGCUGUUCAAGAAGUUCAUUCAGAUGCAAACGAAACUCCACGAUACGGUCUGUGAGAAGAGGAAUGUUGGGACUAUAGCUACUCAUGAUUUGGACAAAAUUCCACCCGGAGACCUGUUGUACACAGCCAAAGCGCCGUCAGACCUGGUACUCACCCCGCUAUCCCGGAGCAAGCCCUACAGCGGAGAACAGCUGUUCCACCAGCUCACAGCUGAAGCAGAGGCUCUAAGGAAGGAAAAGAAGAGGAAUGUUUACUCAGGAAUACACAAGUACUUGUACCUUCUGGAAGGGAAACCAAAAUACCCGUGCUUAGAAGACGCCACCGGCAAAGUCAUCAGCUUCCCGCCCAUCACCAAUGCUGAGACCACCAAGAUGUCUCACGAGAGCAAGUCAAUGCUGGUGGAAGUGACGUCACACCUGUCACUCGGUGCCUGCAAGAACAUCAUGAACAAGCUGCUGCAGGAGUGCCUCCUGCUGGGGUUGGCAGACGACGAACCCGGCAGUGGGUACCACUCGCUUACUGUGCAGCAGGUAAAAGUAGUGGAUCUGGAAGGCAACCUGAAGAGUGUGUUCCCAUCCAGGACUGACUGCGUUUAUGAAGCUACCAACAUCAAAGUACUGCGGGUGACAAAAAAAUAAAAUCUCCGAGGCGAGAACUUGGCCGAACCACUACAUGUACCCCUGCACGAUAUACUCAAGACAUUGUUUAGGAAAUUCAAUAUUUGUUUUUUUGUUUUUAUGAAACAGAGAUUUGAGUAUUUACAUUUAUAUCCUGGAUUAGGGUAGUUUCCAACUAGUCAAAUCAGUUACUUUUUACUAAACGUCAUAACGCGGAAUCACCAUGGAAUUUGCACGAAAAAGCAACCUGUGACAAAAUGUCGUACUAAUUAUUUUUUUCUUAAAAGUUAAAUAGAAAAAUAGUAAUUGUUUUUUGUCACCUUUAGAUCUGUCUUUGUUUAGUAAUCAGAAUUUCGUAAUUUAUCUUUGACCUAGGAAACUACCCAAUUCUUUUUUUUUAUAUUAAGUCUGUUUAAUUUCCUCUUCUUGGCCACCCAUAAUUCAUCACACUCGUUUUUUUGUGUGAUUAAAGCUUGCAUACAGAGAGCGUAGCCCCGAAAGCUUUCUGCAGUCUUUUUUCGAUUCUCGAUGUUUAAGGGUACGUGCAGCAUUUCAUAAUAUAAGCAGUCUAAAAUCCCUGAACUUAAAAGGUUUUUAAAUCUAAUGUAAGGCUAUGAUAAAAAAAGCAUUUUACUAUAUGAAUGCGUGUAAAACAUCCAACAAGAAAUAUGACUGCCUUGUAUUUUAGGAAUAACAGGGGGUUUUAUAAAGGCCACAUUGAAUCAACCCAUCUAUAAGCAAUAUUGCUAUUGGACAUUAGUUGACAUAGCCCAGUAAUUUUUAAAUUCGUGGGGUCUAAAAACAAUGUAGGUCACAUUGUUUAGACCUCCAGAAACCGACUUCUGCGUGAUUCCUUUAGCUUUCGUCUUGUUAGAUUGUUACUAUUUUUACCAUAUCGUCGCUAAUUGAUGUAUCUGAUUUUUUUGACGAAUCUGACUUGCACCGUUUCCUAUUGUCAUACAUACAUAACAUAAACAGCCUAUAUACGUCCCACUGCUGGGCACAGGCCUCCCCUCAAUCAACCGGAGGGGGAAUGAAGCAUACUCCACCACGCUGCUCCACUGCGGGUUGGUGAAGGUGUUUUUACGGCUAAUAGCCGGGACAACGGCUUAACGUGCCCUCCGAAGUACGGAAUCAUCUAUAUUUUCGGACAAUCGGGUGAUUCAAGCCUGAAAAGUCCUUACCAAACAAAGGACAGUCUCACAAAGUGAUUUCGACAAUGUCCCGAUCGGGAAUCGAAAACGGACGUCCAAAUCGUGAGCCUAACGCUCUAACCACUUGACCACAGAGGCUAUUGUCAAUAAGACACAAAUAAUUUUGGCAAAAAAUUGCAGAUACGUCAAUUUGCAAAGUCAGUCACGAUAUGUUUAAAAGAUGAUUUACGUCGGUUGUACUCGAAGGUAGAUGUAAUCAUUUUUGUGUCAGAUAAUGAAACAUUCUGCAUGCGCUACAGUUGCCAUAUGAAUACUAUAAUAAUGUACACUAAAUACUAUACACUAGUAUAAAAAAAAUGCCUCCCCUUUUAAAGUUUCAUGCAUCAUGAUCUCCCUAGCAUUAUUC